AUGACACUUCUGCCCAUUCUUACCCUCGCCCUUGCUGGCACCGCCACCGCCGGCCACUCUCGUCGCUCAGCGGGCAAGAAGCUGGAGAAGAUCAACGGCUGCGCUUUCGCCGACACCUCCUGCGCCAGCGAGAUCGAGUGGACCUCCCCCUGCUGCCGGGCUGGAAACUGCCACUACGACCGCCUCGAGUCUGGUGUGUGCGUGCCCGUCGUGCCGGACGCCUCCACCUUUGACUCUGGUAACUGCUGGGUGGCCGAGGUCUCUCCCCGCCAGACGGGAUUCGGCUCCCUUGAGCCUGGCCCUCUGUUCGACGAUGCGGCGACCAAUGCCCACGCCGAUGAGAUGAACUCGCUCACGUACAUUGCCCCGACGCGCGAGUGGGACAGCUGGGCGCUCAAGCAUGUCACUGUGGGCGCAACGGCUCAGACCAACUUCGAGAACGAGGUCCAGCGCAACUAUGCUGCUCGUAUGGCGUACCAUGCUGCCAAUGACAGCACCUCGGUCCACAAGAAGCAGGGAAUCAAGCAGUACGAGGGUCCCGAGUGGGUGCACGUCGCCACCUUCAACCUCGGUGACUGCUCCAGCAUUCCCCGCGGAAGCAUCAUGACUGGCAGCAUGCGUGUCGCGGUUGAGAAGAAGGAGGAGGGUACCGAUGUUCUUCGCUCUGUCGGAGGCCUGCUCAGCUCGCUUGCCAAGCAGUACCUGUAA